AUGUCAAUAUUUUUUUCACUUUUAGCUUUCCUCAAUGGGGAAGAAGCCAAACAUCUUGUUGAUCAGUUGGUGGAGCUACUUGCUACAGAUGAUAACGAGGCUAAAUGUGAAUCACAUUGUCACACUCUCAUUUUGAAUCAACAGUCUGUAUUCCAGCAUCUGUGUCCCUUCCUCUGUCAUUCAGCCCAAAAUGCACUGAAUCACUUACAUAGCCCAAAUACAGACCCUACCGCUACAGGAAAACGUCUUGUCCUUGAUAAUUUCCUGAACACCGAAGAGACAGCCCAUCUUGUAGACCAACUAGUCGCUAACCUGGGAACAGACGAGAACGAGGCUGCUUGUGAGAAAGAAUGUCAUAUUCUUAUUCGAGAUUCUACAUCUGUCUUCCAACACAUGUGUCCAUUCCUCUGUCACUCAGCCCAGGCUGUCAUCAACAGCAUUCACCACACACCUAGUGGGACAGGAAGGAAAAGAGUUUUGCUUGACAACUUCUUGAACACCGCAGAGACGGCCCAUCUUGUAGACCAACUAGUCGCUAACCUGGGAACAGACGAGAACGAGGCUGCUUGUGAGAAAGAAUGUCAUAUUCUUAUUCGAGAUUCUACAUCUGUCUUCCAACACAUGUGUCCAUUCCUCUGUCACUCAGCCCAGGCCGUCAUCAACAGCAUUCACCAUACACCUAGUGGGUCUGCAACUAAAAGAUUUUUGGUCGACACGUUUUUGGCUAACCCUGAGAUCAACGUUUUAGUAACUAAUUUGGUUGGAGUCCUUGGAUCAGACCCAACUGAACAGGCUUGUGAGAAUGAGUGUGUCACAUUGAUGCAUGCCGACAACGUGUUGCACCAUCUUUGUCCCUUUGUCUGUCAUUCAUUCCAACAGCUGGUGGCUAAGAUUCAUGUCAAAGAGCCAGCAUCUAACCCAUCAAAAAGAUUUCUCGUUGAUACCCUGCUUCACAACAACCCGCAAGUUGUUACGAUUGUGAACACUCUAGCCCAAACUCUUGGAUCUGACCCAACAGAGGCAGCCUGUGAGUCCAAGUGUACCAAUAUUGUUCAUGCCGACAACUUUAUGCACUACCUUUGUCCUCUUGUUUGCCACUCAUUCCAGUCCUUGGUUCAAAAGAUACACAUAAACGCCUAGCCUUGCCCAGUGAAAUGAUGCAAAUUUAUUUAUGCAUGUUAUACAUAACGUUUUUUUAAAAUAAAUUGUUGUAUGGUUUACACUAUAA